AUGAAGCGAAUCACGCCGUCGAAGCUGCCUUUGCUCGCGAUCUUCGUUCUCGCCGCCUGCCUGCUGCUCCUGCCCUUGGCCGCCGCCGCGGCCACCGCCGUAGCCAAGGCCAUCGACGCCAGCAAGACCCAGCGGCUGGAGCUGCCCGGCGACACGACGGCGAUCGGCCCCGAGAGCGUCGCGUUCGACGGCCACGGCGCCGGGCCCUACGUCAGCGUCUCGGACGGCCGCGUCCUCAAGUACGACGACGGCGGCUGGAAGACCUUCUCCUACAGUCCGAGCUACACCAAGAACAGCUGCGACGCGUUCUCCGAGCUCCCGCCGGUCGCCAGGGAGAGCUCGUGCGGCCGACCGCUCGGCUUGAGGUUUCAUCUGGACUCCGGGAACCUCUACAUCGCCGACGCCUACAUGGGCCUGAUGCGUGUCGGACCGAACGGCGGGGAGGCGACGGUGCUGGCCACGGAGGCCGGCGGCGCGCCGCUGCGCUUCACGAACGGCGUGGACGUCGACCAGGUCACCGGUGACGUCUACUUCACCGACAGCAGCACGACGUACACGCGGGCGCAGCAUCAGAUGGUCACCGCGACCGGAGACUCGACCGGACGCAUCAUGAAAUACGACCCGCGGACGGAUCGAGUCACCGUGCUCCAGUCCGGCGUGACGUACCCCAACGGCAUCGCCAUUAGUGCCGAUAGGACCCACCUUGUCGUCGCGCUCACGGGACCGUGCAAGCUAAUGAGGUACUGGAUCCGAGGGCCAAAGGCCAACACGUCCGAGCCGUUUGCUGAUCUGCCGGGAUACCCGGACAAUGUGAGGCCCGACGGGAAGGGAGGAUACUGGGUGGCGCUGCAUCGGGAGAAGUUCGAGCUUCCGUUUGGUUUGGACAGGCACUUGCUUGCCAUUAGGGUUGGCGUCGAAGGUGAAAAGCUGCAAGAGAUGAAAGGACACAAGAACGUGAGGCCGACCGAAGCGGUGGAGAGGGAGGAUGGCAAAAUAUAUCUUGGAUCCGUAGAGUUAUCGUAUGUCGGCAUUGUUAGCACAUAGAAGCCCA